CGGGCCGCCAGGGGGCGCCGCAUCCGGGGCGGAGAUGGCACCGCCAUGGCGGCCGCGUUCAAAACUGUGGAACCACUGGAAUAUUACAGGAGAUUUUUGAAAGAGAACUGUCGGCCUGAUGGAAGAGAGUUAGGUGAAUUUCGGACAACCACUGUCAACAUAGGUUCAAUUACAACUGCAGAUGGUUCUGCCCUGGUGAAGUUAGGAAAUACCACAGUGAUCUGUGGAGUAAAAGCGGAACUUGCUGCACCUGCAGUGGAUUCUGCUAAUAAGGGAUAUAUUGUUCCAAAUGUAGAGCUGCCAUCCCUCUGUGCAGAAAGGUUUCGCUCUGGACCACCCGGUGAAGAGGCUCAAGCAGCAAGCCAGUUCAUUGCAGAUGUGAUUGAAAAUUCACAGAUGAUAGUGAAAGAAGAUCUGUGUAUUGCCACUGGCAAGCUUGCUUGGGUGUUAUACUGUGAUAUCAUAUGUCUGGACUAUGAUGGAAACCUUCUGGAUGCCAGUGUCUUUGCUUUGUUGGCAGCAUUAAAAAAUGUGCAAUUGCCAUUGGUUACGAUAAAUGAAGAAACUGGUUUAUCAGAAGUUAAUUUAAAACAGAAGAAUCCUUUGAUUAUCAGAAAGCAUCCAGUUGCCACAUCAUUUGCUAUAUUCGAUGACACAUUACUCAUUGUCGAUCCAACUGCUGAAGAAGAAGAUUUAGCAACUGGAACAGUAACCAUUGUAACUGAUGAAGAAGGCAGACUCUGUUCUGUCCAUAAACCAGGUGGAAGUCCUCUUACAGGAGCCAAGCUUCAAGACUGUAUCACCAGGGCAAUUACAAGACACAAAGAAGUAAAGAAGCUGAUAGACAAAGUAAUAAAAAGUAUAACACCCAAGUGAACAAAAAGAGCUCUUUUCAAAAA